AUGUCUCUACCAAAAUCGAACGAGAAGCCGAAUCUCUCGCAAAAAACCAGAGAGGAAAUCAAAGCAGAACGCGAAGCAAAAAAGACUGCUAAAGCUGCUGCUAAAGCAGCAAAGAUUAAUAAUGAUAAAAUAGAUGAUGUCAAAAAUGUAGGACCAGCCAAUUGUAAGAUCCCAGCGAAAGAUGUAAGAGAAGAUGUAACAGCAGAAAAAGAUAAUAAGGUAGUAGAAAAUACUAAAAUUAAAUGUAAAUCUGCAGUAGCUGAUUGUAAAAUCUUGAAAAAAGAUACACAAGCAAAUGUAGCAGUAGAUACAACAAUAUCGUCACUUACAAACGCCUUAAAGGAAAAUGCAAUUCAAUCCUUGAAUGUCCAAAACAGUGUAUCCGAAAGUAAAAAUGAAGGAGGUAAAAGCAAAGCUCAGCUUCGUGCAGAACGAAGAGUUAAGCAAGAGGCCCAGAGAGCUGUCAAACAGCAACAGUUAGCAAAGGAUAACAUAAAAAGUGAAGAAUCUCUCAAACCACAUAUAGAAACUGUAUCUGAAUGUCCAGUGAAAAAAAGUGUUGUGAACAAUGCAGUGAGAGAGAAUGCACAUACUGUCAAUUUAUUUAAACACUUGUAUCAAGAAAGGGAGCGCUCUUUAUUUAAUAUUGCUACAGUAAACUCAAAUAUACAUCCAGCGAUAGUUAGAUUAGGUGUUCAGUAUGCUAACAAGGUCAUUGUUGGUAGUAAUGCGAGAUGCGUUGCGCUUUUAGCUGCUGUCAAACAGAUGAUCCAGGAUUUUGAGAAGCCGAUACACGAAGAUUUCAUACGUGGUCUCGAGGCAAACUUAAAAGAAUCAUUAAAGUAUCUGUGUCAUUGCAGACCAUUGGGUGUCUCAAUGCAUAAUGCUAUGCGUCACCUCACGUGGCAGAUGACACAGUUUUCAUCUACAUUAUCGGAUGAAAAAGCAAAAAGUAAGUUACAAGGAAUGAUUGAUACCUAUAUCUCGGAACAAAUUCAAUUGGCUGAUAAAGCGAUAUCAUUAACAAUACAAAGUAAAAUAUCCAAUGGAAAUGUUAUUUUAACAUAUGGCUAUUCAUCUUUAAUUCACAAGAUAUUAGUAGAGGCGCAUUCUGCAGGCAAACAGUUUCGUGUAGUUGUGGUUGAUGGUAGACCAUGGCUAGAAGGAAAGGAACAACUGAGACGUUUGGCAAAACAUGGGAUUGAGUGUUCGUAUAUACUAAUCAAUGCUCUCAGCUUCAUUAUGCCAGAAGUCAGUAAAGUCUUUCUUGGUGCCCAUGCAAUAUUAGCUAACGGAGCAGUGAUGUCAAGAGUAGGAACGGCGCAGGUUGCUUUAAUGGCGAAAGCCUUUAACGUUCCUGUUUUAGUAGCAUGUGAAACACACAAAUCGUCUGAACGAGUGCAGACGGACUCUAUCGUUCAUAAUGAAUUAGGUAAUGCAGAUGAUCUCGUGAAUCAUCAAUCAAAUGGUAAUUCGAAAAAAUCGCUACUCUCAAAUUGGCGAACGAAGAAAUCAUUAAAUCUUUUGAAUAUUACUUACGAUGUGACACCAGCCGAUCUUGUAACGGCUGUCGUCACAGAAUUGGCGAUUCUGCCAUGCACUAGUGUUCCUGUGAUUUUACGAAUUAAACCUUCCGAAGUGUAAAUACGUACACAAACGAUCAUUAAUGCCUUCUGUCUUGAAAGAGCAGUUUAAAAGUUUCAAUUACGAUAAAAAUUAUAUGUCAUUCUAAUAGAUAGCUUUGGAGUAGUGAUUGUCGGACUCAACAUGACAUACAAACAUGGUAUAUGAAUACCUAAUACAAUGCGUCUGCUUGAAACGUAAUUAAUUUCAAAUGGAAGAACGUUUACUCGACGAAAGAUGAAAAAAAAAAC